GACCCCAUGAGCCCGGCCGAACAUCGGGCCGAAGAUCGCCCCGAAGAGGGCGAGUCACGCCCCGAAGCCGAGGAGGCUGCGCCAACGGAUGCAGAGCCGGACUCCAUGCAGGCUGAAGAGGCUGAAGGUUCCCCACGCCACUGGGACGAGGAAGAUGGCAUGUACGUCAGAACUGGUUCUCGUGGCGAGCUCGAGGUGCUUGAUGUGAAUUUCUGCGGCAGGGCACAGAGACGCCUGGCCCGCCAUGCUCGCAGAGCUCGAAUACCUUUGGUCUCUCGGGCACUUGUGGUAGAGGAGGAGUUUGUUGAUGUGGACCAGGUCACAAGCGAAGUUCACGAUGCGGAGCCUGACCGUACCUUGCACAUGGAGGUCUCGAGUGAUGAGGCCGACGUCGCUGAUAUGGCCGUCGCACAACGUCCUCGACAGCAUCAGCGCCCAGCAGGCGCUCCGACCCGGAGUGCGGCGCUGAGCAUCAACUCAGGGCGCAUGGCCCGCCUCCCUCCGAGGCCUAAAGCAAAGGCAAAGUCCAAGCGAAAAGGCCAAGCUUCUGCAUCUGGUGGCUCUGCUGGCUCAGCCGGGUCUGCAGGCUCCGCAGGUUCUGUGGGUUCUGCCAGGCAGCAGGAUAGCUUCGACACGCUACCUACAUCUGCCACAGAACGGCUUGAGAGUGAUGGCUGGGGUGCAGCUGGCUUUGAAGGCCAACCGACCUCAUCCUCCUCCAGCUGGGCGUGGCCUGAGGAUGAUGGUCCGAGUGCCACUGCCCUGCCUGCACUGCUUCAGCUGCCACUGUCUCCGGAGCAGGCGAGUCCCGAGGAAGGGGUCGACAAUCCGACCCUGCCGGAGUCCUGGUUCCAGGAGCCAGACGAUGCGGAGGUUGCUGCUGCGCCGUCCAGCGAAGCUGCUGAAGGUACUGGCCUCUCCGUUAUCUACGUCGAGCCCGUGAGGCCUGGAAUGGAGCCCCGACACUGCCGCGAGUGCCAUGCUGCCUUCUCCAUGGGCGAACUACGCCUGGGAUACACUCCUUGCGGGGUUGCGGCGGACGGCCGGCAAUUUCAUCCUGUCUGGGUACAUGCCUUCACCUGUGCGCGCAGGGCUCGCUUAGCCAUCCGAUUUGAUGGAGAGUCCGCCAGCUUCAGCCCAGCAGUUUCGGUAGCCGACCGUAACCGCCUUGUAGAGGAGCUUCGGCAGGUGCACCAGUUCCUGUCCCUGCAGCAUCGCUCCCAACCGCGACAACUGUGCAUCCGGCCUUGGCGCUACAUCCCUUCAGUGCUUCAGCGCUGGCCUGUGCUUCGCCUCAGCCCAGUGGCGGAGAGUGAACGUCCUGGCUGGCGGCUCCCGUCACCUCCCCGGAGGGCCUCGCCUCCGAGCCGCCUGCACCGGCGUUCUCCUUCGCCCGAAAUUAUAGGUGGCAUCGAAGGUUGGGCUGAGGACGAAAUCAUGGAUGGCGAUGCUGGCGGUCCUAUGGUUCAGCAGGUUCUUGCGCAGCUGGUAUCCAGAAGUCUGCGACCAGCAAGUGCUAUGCAGUCGCUGGAUGAUUUGCCCAUAAUACCAAAUUUUCUGGCCCAUUCCGACUUGGCCACCAGCCCAGCUGAGCCAUCUCUUAUGAGUACCGCCACCAUGCGGCUUCUGGCAGAGGUACCAGUCUUCAAAGCGGAGAAGAAAUCGGCGGAGCCCUGUGUGGUGUGCCGCGACGAUAUCUUAGUGGGCCAGGAGUGCCGGCGCCUUCCGUGCCUGCACUUCUUCCACAAGGAGUGCAUUGACCGCUGGAUUUCCGUUAAGGCAACCUGCCCCCUGGACAACCUCAAGCUUGAGGAUAUGCUGAGGGAGCAACAUUCCCUGGAGAAUGGCGAGGAGCCCAUCCCAAGACGAAGAUCUCGGUCCAGGUCAAGAUCGCCAAGGCUGCCACCCCCGCCCACGCCUCCGCCGGAUAGGCUCCUUCGCAGAAGCCGCUGGGACCAUGUUGGAGAGGGCUACGGAUUCCAGAUGCCCGCUUGGCGCCACUCACGGUGGGGCCCACGGCCUGCAGGAAAUUGGCCUUCACACGGUGGAUGGGCUCAAGGCGUUCAGGGCCAGCUGAUGGGCCCCAGACCCUGGUCUGUGAUGGGGAUGCAGGUGCAAAAUCCGCAGCCCUUCCCACAGCCCCACCUGACUCCUGCAAUGAUGUCCCAAGGUCAGGGACGACCCGCAAUGCCUACGCCUCCACCGCCAGGUGACAUCAGGCCUCCAGCCUGGUCUCCGCCCAUGAUGCCCGUGCCAUUGCCCAUGCCCCUUUUCCAAGCCAGGCCAGUUGUUCGGCCCAGCAUCCCAACAGGAUCCACACCCAUCCCGCCCCCGCCGCCUCCCCUUCGGCGGCCGGUCGUCCCCAGAUCACGGUCGCCUCACACCACAGGAGGGCCGAACGAUCCCCCGCCGUGGUAA